AUGCAAAUCAAAGCCUCCAUCGCACUUGUUGCCGCUCUUGCAGCCCUCGGCGAGGCCAAUCCCCUCCGCCGUCGCCAGGCUGCCUCUCCUGUCAAGUUCGUGACUGUGCACCCCGUUGCCAAAUUCCCAACCGGUGGCUCUGCCGCUGCUAGCGUCACUCCUCCGCCUCCCAUGAACACCGGCGUGCCAGCUCCCAGCGGUCCAGCGGGGCCCCAGGAAACCAUCGUUAUCACCUACACUCUCGGCAAGAACUCGUCGAAAUCUGUCGUUACUAGGACUGUCACCCGCCCCGGUGCCUCCCCAUCUCCUGACGUUGACAUCAAGGUGCCCGUUGAUUCGCCUGCUCCUGCUAUUUCUAGUGACAACAAAGUCACUCGUCUCCAGACAAAGGUCUACCUCACGUCUACCACUACUGAAACGAUCAUAUUGGCAAGCCCAACUCCUCCUCCCAAUGGCGGUGGUGCCAAUGCUGUUCCUGGCAAUGGCAACGGCAACGGUAAUGGCAAUGGCAACGGAAAUGGCAACAACUGCCCUCCUCCCGCCACAGUUUUCCGCACUAUCACUGUGUACGCACCUGGCCCAAGCCCUGCUCCUGGCCAACAACAACAGCCAGAAGUCCAGAUCCCACAGAACCCACAGAACCCCAUCAAGGUCGCCGAUACUGAACCACAAGAUUCGGAAACUCGUGCUCCCACCCCCGUGGUGUCUCCAACUCCAAUCAUUCCUCCCUUCCAAAAUGGCACGUCCAUCGUCAUUCCUGCAGGUACUGGCACCGGAAUCACUCUGCCCACCGGCCGAUAA